AUGGUACCAUCUAAGCAAUGUACUUUGGGUCAAGUGUGCAGCCAACUUCUUAUAGGCGACGCGGGAAAUGUGACGGUGCUGGCAGGUGACGAGGAGGAUAGGCGAGCGAGGAAAGGGUGCACGCAGCAGGUCGCCUUUCCUGGACACAGCGCCCCAAACCUGAGGGGAUGGUGGCAAGGAGGGAUGGGGAGAGAAGGGAUGCUGAGAGGAGGGCGGGAGGGUAAGCAAGGGAAGGGAGCGAAAGGAGGGGAUGCAGUCGCGGAAAGGAGGGGAAGCAAGGGGGGGAAAGGAGAGGAAGCAAAGGGGGGGAAAGGAGGGGAAGCAGUGGGGGAAAGGAGGGGAAGAAGUGGGGGAAACCGGGGGAAGGAGGGGAGGAAAGGAGGGGAUUCAGCGGGGGAAAGCAGGGGAAGCACGGGGGGGAAAGGCGAGGCAGAGAAGUUGGGGAAAGGAGGGGAAGCAGUGGGGGAAACGGGGGGAAGGAGGGGAGGAAAGGAGGGGAAGCAAGGGGGGGAAAGGAGAGAAAGCAAGGGGGGGAAAGGUGGGGAUGCAGGGGGGGAAAGGUGGGGAUGCAGGGGGGGAAAGGUGGGGAUGCAGGGGGGGAAAAGUGGGGGAGGGGGGGGGAAGGUGGGGAUGCAGGGGGGGAAAGGUGGGGAUGCAGGGGGGGGAAGGUGGGGAUGCAGGGGGGGAAAGGUGGUGAUGCAGGGGGGGAACGGUGGGGAUGCAGGGGGGGGAAGGUGGGGAUGCAGGGGGGGAAAGGUGGGGAUGCAGGGGGGGAAAGAAAUCCGUGAGGCGAGCAGCGCGUUACUGGUGGCUGCAGUAGGAUGGCUGGCAGGCGCGCUCUUUUGGAUAGCAUUUCGCUGGAGCGCGCGUGCGUGCAACCGAGUGCUGUAUGCUGGCGCAUCUAAGCGUCACAUGCGCUCGCUGUGCUGGCGCGCGCGCUAUGCAGGAGCGUGCCGCUUUGCUGCGCGCGUUUUGCUGGCGCGCGCAGCUCUGCUGAGCGCGCUAUGCUAG